AUGGCGGUAGCGGUAAUGACGCGGAAAAGAUUGCGCGUGAGAAUGGAAGCGACGUCAGUGUCAAUAAACAUGUUUCUCCCGGAGGAAUUAAUAAUCGAAAUCCUUUCUAGGAUUGAGUUGAGCAACCCUCUGGAAUUAAGGUGCGUUUGCAAAUCGUGGAAAUCGAUACUCGUUGAUCCUCAAGUCGUGGAGAGUUACCUUCAGAGAUCGUUCAGUGACAUCCUUGAUCUUACUUCCACUGCUAUGGAGCACGUGGAAUCUUUUGAAUCACUUAAUAUUUACGUUCUCGCCGAUCUUCAAGAUGACGAUGACGGUGAUGAUGACGAUGCGAAGGAAGACGGGACUAAAUCGUUGGUGAACAAGGCGGCACAGUUGGAUAACCUUUUGGUGAUGAUAGAGUCUAUGAAAGAGAACUUGAAAACUAUGAAAGUGGAUAUGAUAGCUUUGAAGAAGAGAAUGAAGUGUUUCGAAAGUUUUCUGAAAAUUUUUCUGAAGACAGCACCAUCCUCUAGUGUUUCAUAA